CUGUCAACUCCUGUUUCUCCUUCUAGGUUGGGGACCAGAUGAAACUUCUUCAGAACUGCUGGAGCGAGCUGCUGGUGUUCGACCACAUUUUCCGCCAAGUCCAGUACGGGAAAGAGCACAGCUUGGUGUUGGUGACAGGCCAGGAGGUGGACAUGUCGACCCUUGCCACCCAGGCAGGAUCUAUCCUGAACAACUUGGUGCUGAGAGCUCAGGAGCUGGUGCUGAACCUGCACUCCCUCCAAAUAGAUCGGCAAGAAUUCGUCUGCUUGAAAUUCCUGAUUCUCUUUAGCCUCGAUGUGAAGUACUUGGAAAAUUCCAGCGUGGUCAAAGAAGCUCAGGAAAAAGCCAAUGCUGCCCUGAUGGAAUACACCAUCUGCCAUUAUCCCCACGCCAUGGACAAAUUCCGGCACCUGCUGUUCCAGCUGGCCGACAUCCGGGCCCUCAGUAUGCAGGCCGAAGAGUACCUGUAUCAUAAACACCUGGGCGGGGAAGUGCCCUGCAACAACUUGCUGAUUGAAAUGCUGCACGCUAAGCGGACUUGAGGGCGACCGACGGACGGACGGACGGACGGACGGAGGAGGAGGAGGAGGCUGGGGCGAUGGGGGAAGGGGUUGACAAUUAAGGGGAGGCUCUCCCCAGCCUCUGGGUUUUGACCCCGCGUCCUUUCAUUGUCCAGCGUGCUGGAAUCAGACCAGUUCCGCCCUAUUUUUUGUCCCAGGUUUUUGGGAAACCUGAAAAAGGAACUUACUUAAACUUUGGAGGGCGGCCCUUGGAGAUGGUUUGGAAGCUGCAGGAAGUCUGCAGUGGGUGGAUCCCAAACAUG